GCCACUUACCUGUCCCUCGGUCCCGUGGUGUGUUCCCUGCAGCCCGUUUCACCAGCCGUCCUGUAUUCCAGGAGGCCAGCAUCUUCACUGUGGGCACCCGGCUGUGAGCCGGCUACCCACUGCGCAUGUGUGAGUAGUGUUGCGCUUCAUGAAUGGUCCUGUAGUCUUCUGGGACCUGUCACGUGUCCCAAAAGACUACAGGGAGGGAGGACACCUAGGCGAUCAGACCGGAAGUGGGAGCGGGUACCUGUCAAAUUUGGGUACCUGCUCCCCCCCCCCCCACCCCUAAAGCGGGGGAGCAGUCCUUAAAGUGGAACCUCCCCUUUUGGGUGGGGCUCCGCUUUAA